CUCAGCUGCCUGGCCAGUAGCACCUUCAGGCAACUUACAGAAGCUCCCUGUGUCCAUGGGGCCAUCUCAGCUCAUUCGUGCCCCUCGGCCCCGGGGCUUAAGUUCCUCCCACCGCAGGCCAGGUGUAGGUUGGCCUCGGCCCCGGUUUCCCAGGAUGUUCAAGUGUAGCCGCAGAAAGUACCGGCAGAAACCCCAAGGCCCAGCUGCCACCACAACAGCGACCAAUCUUGCCACCAUGGCCACGGGUACUAACAGAACCCACACUGUCACCACCAGGGUGUGGAUCCUUCCAUCACAAGUUCUCAGACACCUCUGUCAACCUGGCAGCUUUCUGAUCCUUUAGAAAUGCCCAGAAACCAGUCCAGAAGCUUGGCUGGCUCCGAACCUGCAUCUCCUAGGGGCCAUGGGUGGUGAACAGCAGACAAAUACAAUCAUUUCUGCUCCAA